CACUCGCCGGCGACGGCUGAUGACGCAAGAGCCCGCGCUCACUUUUCAGCUACAGGCGAAGGGGGCUGAGGAAAGGAGGUGGGUACAGGUAGGGGAAGUUGGGGUGCCACCAGACGGAGACAACUCGGACAACCAGAAUCCAGCACUCUUUUGGAAGAGGGUAAUCUCCCUCCAAAAACUGAGGACACUUACCUUCCCCAUAUAUUGAGUCCAGCUUGUUUGGUGGCCCAGGUAAUAAUUUCAAGAUGCCAGGACGUUCCAGUUCAAAUUCAGGUUCAACUGGUUUCAUCUCCUUCAGCGGUGUAGAGUCUGCUCUCUCCUCCUUGAAAAACUUCCAAGCCUGUAUCAACUCUGGUAUGGACACAGCUUCUAGUGUGGCUUUGGAUCUUGUGGGAAGUCAGACUGAAGUGAGUAGUGAAUAUAGUAUGGACAAGGCAAUGGUUGAAUUUGCUACAAUGGAUCGGCAACUAAACCAUUAUGUAAAGGCUGUUCAAUCUACAAUAAAUCAUGUAAAAGAAGAACGUCCAGAAAAAAUACCAGAUUUAAAAUUAUUGGUGGAGAAGAAAUUUUUGGCUUUACAGAACAAGAAUUCUGAUGCAGACUUUCAAAAUAAUGAAAAAUUUGUACAGUUUAAACAACAGCUGAAAGAACUAAAGAAGCAAUAUGGCCUUCAAGCUGACAGAGAAGCUGACGGAACAGAAGGAGUGGAUGAAGAGAUGAUUGUGACCCAAAGUCAGACCAACUUCAUGUGCCCCAUUACACUGUUGGAAAUGAAGAAGCCAGUGAAAAAUAAAGUGUGUGGCCACACCUAUGAAGAGGAAGCCAUUGUUGGCAUUAUUGAGUCCAGGCACAAGCAGAAGAAAAAGGCCCGACGCAGCUCUGGAACUGAUGCAUUCACCAGCAGAGAGCCAGCAAACAGGACCUGGGCCUCCCCCACGAUGUCCGCGAGGCCAGAGCCCGACUUCGUUCUGCUCACUGUGACGUCUCAUCACCCUGGUGCCAACCCUCAAAAAACAUUUUGUUGACCAGAGAAAAGAUCAAUCAGCGGAAGAAGACCCCAGCAAAGCAGUCUAAAAUAUAGCCAGGAGCCAGGAAGAGUGAUAAGGGGUGGAGGCUCAUGGGAACUUGCGGGCGGGGUGGGCAGGGUUCUAAAGGCCAGGUGCAUUUGAGCAGCAGUAGAUUAGAACUCAGGGCCUUCUUGAAACCGACUCCAGACGUUUCUGAUGAAGCAUGAAGUCGUAUCAUUUCCCAUGAUGCACGUUAGAGUGAUGAGUAUUUCUGUGUUCGCUUUGUUUAGAAACGUCCAUGACACAUUGUCUCAUUUCUUCCUCCUAGAUUGUUCUAGUUAUGUUUGUUUGUUUAGACUGGAGUUCCAGAUCCAUUGUGUUCUGGGCACUGCCUGAAAUUUACUGUGCAAGCUUCAGGCCCUGGGAAGGCCUCUCUGCACUGGCUUGAGUCAGAAUAAUAUUGUUGAGACUUUAGCCCCAGCCAAGCACAGUAGUUAGAAUAAUUUCCUAAAAUAUAUCUGUUAACAAUAAGCCUAUUUAUUCGCUUAAAAAUAAA